UGACUCUCCGUAGACGUGUGGGCACGUGAUCGUACGAAGUUAUAAAUAGAGGUGCGGCCCUCGUUUGUUUCUUUGACUGACUGGAGUGAAGUAAGGAGUGGUAUGGCGUCAACAAGCCGCGGAGAUGCUCUGGCCCUUCCAAGAGUUCAGUGUCCCAACCACCCUGAUGCAUUACUGGUGGAGGACUACAGAGCAGGGGACAUGAUUUGCCCUGAGUGCGGCCUCGUCGUAGGUGACCGUGUCAUCGAUGUUGGGUCAGAGUGGAGGACGUUUUCUAAUGAGAAAGCCCUCAAAGAUCCAUCCAGAGUGGGAGACGCCCAGAACCCGCUGCUUAAUGGAGGAGACCUAACCACCAUGAUCAGCAAGGGAACAGGUGCCGCCAGUUUUGAUGAGUUCGGCAACUCCAAGUACCAGAACCGGCGGACCAUGAGCAGCUCUGACCGGGCCAUGCUCAACGCCUUCAAAGAGAUCAGCACCAUGGCCGAUCGCAUUAACCUGCCAAGGAACAUUAUCGACAGAACAAACAACUUAUUCAAGCAGGUCUACGAACAGAAGAGCCUGAAGGGUCGAGCCAACGACGCCAUCGCGUCGGCCUGUCUCUACAUCGCCUGCAGACAAGAGGGUGUACCGAGAACUUUUAAAGAGAUCUGCGCCGUCUCUAGGAUCUCAAAGAAGGAGAUCGGGAGGUGCUUCAAGCUGAUCCUGAAGGCGCUGGAGACCAGCGUGGACCUCAUCACCACGGGAGACUUCAUGUCCCGUUUCUGCUCCAACCUCGGUUUGCCCAAACAGGUGCAAAUGGCAGCUACGUUCAUCGCCAGGAAGGCCGUGGAGCUGGACCUGGUGCCCGGCAGGAGCCCCAUCUCUGUGGCUGCUGCAGCCAUAUACAUGGCCUCCCAGGCCUCCGCGGAGAAGAAGACCCAGAAAGAAAUCGGAGAUAUCGCUGGUGUCGCAGACGUCACAAUCAGACAGUCGUACCGGCUCAUCUAUCCGCGCGCCGCAGAACUGUUCCCUCCGGACUUCAAGUUCGACACACCCGUCGACAAACUGCCACAACUGUGAAGAAGACUCGCGCCGCACUGUGCUGAUAUUUUUUUCUGCUGUACUUACAAGAUUGUAUUCUUCUUAUUAUUAUUUUUUUUUAAAUCUUAUUUGUGUUGGAUUUGGAGGGUUUCUCUUGUCCCGCCUAUGACUACAAGCCUCCGUCAUGGCACUCUUGACAGGAAGAAAGCGGACUCACAUUCCAGUGCUUAAACCAACAGCUGUACUUACAGUAUUUCAUUUGAGUGUAUAUACUGUACCAUGUAUAUAUGUCCAAGUGGGAAAGUGUAACUGAUGCUUGGAAUUUUAGGCUGGUUUCAUACUGUAUACAUAAAACUUCUGUUUUUGUAGAGAAAUGACCAGGUCCCGUGUCCGUGAGGAUUCUCAGUUAUCCAGGUGAUAGUAACAACCGCAACAAAGCUAAAACCAAGACGACUGGACUUGUUGAGUCGUUCCAUCCACGUGUCGUCUUCAGUUCUGAGCGACUUAAGUUUGUGUAGUAGGUGGUGUACACUUAAAGCUCAGUCCUCUGCUGUUGGAGGUUGUCGUUCGGAUUAACCUGCUGCGUCUUUUCGAGGUUGGUGGCGCUUUAACGAGGCGUUAAACUUUUUGGGGACAGACGUCGAGACUGCUUUCGGGUUUUACGUCGAUGGCUCCCUGCUUCUAAAAGUAAAGAAAGCUCUGUUUAUUUUAAAUUUAAAUAAAUAGAGACGUUUACGUAAAACUGUCAGUCCCUGAGACGCUGGUCCUGACUUCUGUCCACGUGAGGUUUCACGCCCUUUCACACAUUUAGUCUGGAGUGUUUCACCGUUAAUGGUUGGUUUGAAAGCCACUAAUCUUGGAAAGAACGAACCGCUGAGGUCGUCCGACUACCGUCUAAUGACAGGUGAGUAUCGCGUCGUUAACAGACCUCAGUCAUGUGACCAAAUACAGACCUACUCGGGGCUUUUAGAACUGAAGCGGACACUUGGAUGAGUGGUGAGACGUCAAGAUUAUCUUGACUCUGUUAUAGCUUUGUGUUUAGACCAGGUUCUCUUUUGUUAGUUUGAAUUGUGUUAAGUAACUUAAAAUAAAGAUUUUCAUGAAAUCA